AGAGCCGCUUGAGAAGCCGAGUUGGGGCGUGGGGCGUCCGCGGACCGAGGCGUUUGCUGGAGCGCUGGGAGACGAGGCUCCCGGGCAACAAAAAAGCCGAGCUAGCUCUGACUUCGCCUUUUGGAGAUCCGUCUUUAUCAACCAAGUUGCGCGCGCGUCCCUGCCUGAAAAUGAAAGGGGCGCUGGAACCUCCUAAGGGCGCUUGAACCUCCUAAGGGCGCAAGCGGGCGACGCUUGGAAAGUUCCGUUUAGACUGGCCCUUUGCGCUUGGCUGAGUUUACCCCCGAGUAAAGUCCAUUGCCUUCGGUCCCUACGAGAAGCGGCGGAAGAGAGAGAGAGAGGCCUUCUUAUCCAACGCGCUUGAAAACAAAGGCAGUUUUAGCCCCCGUAGUGAACGGAGAGGGAAGCUUUUGUCUCCAAAGAGUGUCCUUUUCAAUCGGACGCGCGCAAAGCGUUUCUGUCGUUACGGGAAGGAUAGACGCGUGUUUUGACUUGGUCGGAAGAGGGAAGAAUGCAGGGCCCGACCCCGACGACUUUGUUCCGUUUCGGCUGAGAGUCCGUGGCGCUGCCGGUUCUCCUUCCCGACGGCCGAGGGGAGCGCGCUUGUUUGUUUGUUCUCAUUUUUAUGGAUCUGCACAACAGUCCCCUUCGAUUCGUAUAUUUUACUCAGACGUUGCUUAUAAAUUUAAAAAGCUGUAUUCAUUGAUUAUAUGCGCCUGUGCAACAUUAUAAAAGGAAAACAAAAGUUGCUUGGAAAAAGUUUUGCUGGUGACUUCACCGACAAACUCCAGGAAGUUUUCUUGGCCCUAAUACAGGAGAUGUUUGUGGGAUUUUUUCCCCCCCUAGUGGGAUUUUUGCUGCUUUCUGGGCUUCCCGUCUCGUCGAUGGUCUUUCGAUAUAUAAAAGGCAUAAAAUGAAGCCUGGAUAUUGAAGCUCAACAAGGACAGCGGAUUCUGCAUUAAGAAGGAAGCCUUAUGACAUGGCUGUUCUUGUUCAAAACCCACACAGAGAACUGUAAAAGGGCUAGGGGCCUGUGAUGACAGUUUUCAGUGUGCCAGCAUCCCUCCUUUACAAGCUUGAACAGGAACUGGAUACAGAUGAAAAGGAAACCGUGGUCUUCUUGUGCAGCGAUCUCAUGCCUGGCGAAUCUAUCUCUGAUGUCCUACAACUCUUGACAGCUUUGAACGAAAAGGAGAUUCUUACCACCAUCAACUUAUCUGAACUAUUGUACAGGCUGAAAAGAUUUGACUUGUUAAAGAAGUUCCUGGGGACUGGAAGAGCAGCUGUGGAAGCUAAUCUAGCCCAUCAUUCUCAGAUGUUGUCAAAAUACAGGGUGUUGAUGACUGAAAUCAAUGAAGAUCUGGACAAAGAAGACUUGAGAUCUCUCUCUUUCCUUCUGAAAAAUCAUCUUGGUAAAUCGCAUAAGGAGAAGAGUUUUCUGGCAAUUAUUACUGACUUGGAAAAGCUAGAACUGAUAUCUCCCAUGCAUCUGGAUUUAAUAGAAAAUGCCUUCCUGACCAUUCACAGGCGAGACUUGGCAAAAAAGAUUCAAAAGUACAAACUAGAAGCACGCUUUCCAAAUAUGAAUGCAAAAACUCUUCAGGUGUCCUUACCUAAGUUAUCUCUAGCUGACCCUCCAGAGCCCGUGAACAAGGGAAGAGUAAUGAAUGGAGCCUGUGCUGCCCAGGCAGAACAGAUUCACAUAUCCAUAGCGGAAACAGCAGUACAGGGCUGUAACAAGUACAGAAUGCAAAGCAAACCUUUAGGAGUCUGCCUGAUUAUUGACUGCAUUGGCAACGAUGCGGGUUUGUUGACGAGAGCCUUUCAAUCACUACAUUUUGAAGUUCACUGUCGAUUAUUUCUCAAUAUGGAUGCAGUGAUGUGUGAUUUGCAUGCAGCAGCAAAGCUGAGAGCUCACAAAGAUGCCGAUUGUUUUGUUUGCGUGCUUGUCAGUCGAGGGAACCAGGAACAUAUAUUCUGCACAGACCAUAUCGCUCCAGGAUUUCAACUGGAAAGGCUGAAGGAUUUCUUUACUGGUGAGAAGUGUCCCGAUCUCCUAGGAAAACCAAAGCUCUUUUUUAUUCAAAACUAUGUUGAACCCCAAAACUGGCAAGGAAAUGCCAGCCUGACAGAGGCAGAUGGAAAUCUUGGCACAAUCCCACAAGUAGCAGACAUUUUCUGGAGCCACUGCAGAUUGGAUGCCUCUGUAUUGGAAAGAUCCCCAUGCUCAUCGUCCUAUUAUCUUUCCACUUUGGCUGGCCUUCUGAUGGAUCCUCAGAAGAGGAAGUUGCCUCUGCUGGAUAUUUUUGUAGAGCUGAACAGCAGAAUUUAUGAAUGGAAUAGGAUUAAUUCUACAGAACAGUACUCACUCUUAUUAAAGCACACCCUGAGGAAAAAACUCUUCCUGAUUGACAAGUGAAGGCCUUUGUGAAACCUUUCGGAGAUUUAUCAGUUUCUCCUGGAGUCAAGUAGACCACAAGUAAUAGCAUUCAGACAUAUUUUGUACUUUUAAACAAAUAAUUCUGGCUUCACAGAAUUGCUGAUUUGGACAAGAAGUAGUGGGAACAAGCAGCUAUUCUUACAAUGUAUUACUUAAGGUCUUAAUGCACGCCACAGAUUUCACUGGAUCUGUGCCUUAUUUACAUAACUUGGCGUGAUCUUUCUCAGAACUCAGACCUCAAGAGAAUUAUAUUACCUUCUGACUUGCUUAUGAAUAUAAGUUCAAACAAAAUCCAAGGUGGAUUAUUAUGAGGCAACAUAAUUGUCUCGGCAUGCGAGUAUAAUCAAAAGUAAUAGCAAAUGCAAGGGUAAUACUAGUAAUUUUUGCCUAAAAUAUAAAUAUGUAUUUCACCUGAAUAUCUCGAGACGCGUAUUGUGCAUUUUGUAUUUUAAAAAUGGUUACAAUUACUUUGGAUAUUUUGGUGAUGGAUUAUAUUUUUUUUCCUUUCUGUGGAAGCUGAUCACAAACAUUUCAAUCUUUGUCAGGCGCAAAGAACUAGAAUGAGACUGAAAUGAUUAAAAUAGGGUUUUUUUUUAAAUUGUUGCUUACCUAUUUACAAGAAUCUCAACAGACUAACUGCAUUCUCUUGAGAACUCUUCAGAUAAAGCCUUCAAACAUCUUAAAGGGACUCUGGUCUCCCUUACUUCCUCCACUGGAAGGACUCCAAGCUUCUUAGUCUGGUUAUUCAAUCCUCUUUUUAAACUGGGAUUGUACCACAAUCUUAUACAUGUUUAUAUAUAUCCUGGGGAAAAUUUUCCCUUUUUAAAUCUAAAUCUAUUUAUUUCGUUAAUUGCUUGAUUGCUGGUUUUAUUAUUUCAGUAGAUUACUUUUAAGCCUUGUACCAUGCUUUUCUAUUAAAACUCAUUCCCAGUGUUGUUUCAGAUAGAUUUGCCUACCUUCAAUAUCCCUGUAGGCACCUCUGUUAUAA